UCUUGAGCUCAGACUCUUUUAUUUAAGAGAAAAUGUCAAAUACAAAACUAAGGCCAAAGGGCCCAGUACUUCCAAAACUAAGUCGUCCCCCUUCUUGUUGUUGUGGAUCAUCACCAUCUUCAUCUUGUCCAUCAUCAAUCUCUUUUUCCUCUUCUUGUCAAUGUAAACUCCUUCAUCUAUUCUUUGUUCCUUCCAAAUUUCUUUAUCGACUUCUGAAUCUUCUUCUUUGUUAGGCGUAAUCCGGUGGCUGCCAUGGAUUCCAGUAUCGAUUUCAAAGAUGAACUUGGUCGUUAGCUGUGAAUGAACUCUAGGAUAAUGUAGCUGCAGUGGCUCGCCAAUAUGUACGAAGUAUAGUAGGCUCUGUUCAGAGAGUUGCAAUGGCCAUAGCACCUUCUUGACUCACCUCUUGGUUAACACUUAAAUCCUUCCCUUGGUCACCUGAAGCUGUCACUUUAGCAAGGUGGAUUUUCCGGAGCUAUAGGCAUCUGCAGUUUUUACAUUUGCAAACUAGGCUGGUCUUGACAUGCUUGAAACCACUUUGUUAGCUCUUGAGGAUAUAAUGCUUGAUAAGAUUGUAGAUGAAGCUGGUCGUAAGGUCCUCCUAUCGGAGUUCUCCAAGAUCAUGCAGCAGGGAUUUGCCUAUCUGCUAGAAGGAAUUUUUGUAUCUAGCAUGGGUAGGCCAAUAUUAUAUGAGCAAGCCAUAGCAUGGAAGGUUCUCAACGGCGAAUACAAUUUUCAGUUUCGUUGUGCAAAUCGUGAAACUAUGGAACUGUAUUCACGUGCGAAAGCACAACAAGAAGAAAUUCUAUAUCUUCGGGAACAGAUUGCUCUUGCCAGGCACUAGAUGAGAAGCAGAACGAAGCUAUAAUAUCUGCCUCAAAUGAACUGACUCGGAGGAAAGGUGAUCUUGAAGAAAACCUAAGAUUAGUGGAUGAGUUAAAGGUAAGCAAUCAGAAGAUAUAGGUCUUGGCAGAGUCGCAUUCAACCUAGGUUGACUGUGAAUUCUUGUCCCUUUUUUGGGAAUAUAAGCUUCAAGUUUAAAAAAUUAUUUCUCUACUUGUGGUUCUUAAUGUAACUGCACAAUAUUGGUUGCUUCUCUGCAGUUCUUAACAAUAAUUUUGUUGUUAAGUCAUCUAUCGAUCAAAACUGAGGUAGAAGGUAUAUUUUUCAUUUCCUUACAUCAACUUUAGUAUAGUCUGUCUUUUUUUUCAAUUCUUAGACUCUAAUUCAUAUAUAAUCGAACAAUAGAUUAACUUAUCUGGUGCCUAUGUUUAUAGUUUGGUGACCUUAACAGUGAUAAACACCAAGUGAAGAGAAGGAGAAGAUCUUUGUACAGAUGGUAGCGAGAAAUCAAAUGUUGAGAUUGAAUUGUUUAUAAGACCAAAGGCUUCUCUAAAAGAAUUGAUUGGUGUAGUAUCCUCUUGCCAAUCUGCAGUUAAAGGGGUAGUUAAAUAUUUGUCAAAUAGUCUUCAUGUUAUUUUCUAUUACUUGAAUCGGUAGUCGUGCAUAAAUUACUUUGCAUAAAUUACUUGAACAUGUAGUUGGGCAUAACAACUCGUCAGGUAGUCCACAAAAACAGAUGCUUGCACAUCCCGCAGUGGCAGAUUUUUCACUCAUUGUGAUUGGAAUUCUACACUUGAAAUUAUUUUGGAGGAAGUCCCUUUGAUAUGCAGACCAUUUCUAGCAGACCAACCGGUGAACAAUAAGGUCGCUGAUUCAAAUAUAUAAGAUUGGGUUUGAAUGGGAGGUUAUGAAAAGAAUGGUCAUAGAGAAAACAGUAAGAAGACUCAUGUUAAGUGUAGAAGGAAAAGAGGUGAAAAAAAGAGUAGCAAACAUGCAGCAAAGCAUAGUUGCUGGUAUGUAGAUUGAAUGUAUUUCACAUAAGAAUAUGAAAAGUUUGGUAGACUUCAUUUAUCGCUUGCCAUCAUGGCUCCCUCCGCCAACACCUGCUGUUGGGGCAAUCUUGAGCUCAAACCUAUACCAAGCAAGUGUUCGAAGAAUCUUUGUUGCCUGCUACCUUGGCAAGACAACAAGUCUUUAAUCACAAAAGGAAGAAUAAGAUCCUCUCGAUAUUACAUAUGAUCGUGAUCCAAGUUGUCAUACUUUCAUCGACUCAAUUUUCUUCUUUCUUCAUUGUUGAACACAUUCUUUUUAUUUGUUUUGAUAACUUGAACACAAUCAUAUAGGUAAUUCAUAUUUUUACCACUAGAAGACAAUAAAGUGGAUGUAUUAAGUUUUUGAUUGUUCUUAUAAUUGAAUGACGUCGUCUGAGUUUGGUAA